AUGGCUUCACCCAAGUUUGCCGACCGUGUCAAAAGGUUCCUGGGCAUUGACCCCGAGGACACCUUUGACGACUCUUCCUUCUAUGAUGAUGGCUCGUACAUCGAGUCCGAACCCUCUACCAAGGACUUUGUUCGGGGACUUCUCCCCACAAGCACUGGUGUUAUCAAUUAUCUCAAGGAACUUUUCCCAUUCGUGAAUUGGAUCUUCCACUACAACCUUACGUGGCUUCUGGGCGACAUCAUUGCUGGUGUCACCGUCGGCUUCGUUGUCGUGCCGCAGGGUAUGGCUUAUGCGCUGCUGGCCAACCUCACUCCUGAAUAUGGCCUUUACACUUCUUUUGUUGGCUUCUUCCUCUACUGGGCCUUUGCCACAUCCAAGGACAUCACAAUUGGCACGGUGGCUGUCAUGUCCACAAUUGUUGGCAACAUCGUGGAGAGGGUACAAAAGGAGCAUCCUGACAUGAGCGCAGAUGUCAUUGCCCGCAGCCUGGCAUUGAUCUCUGGAGCAGUGCUCUUGUUUUUGGGCUUGAUCCGAGCUGGUUUCAUUGUUGAGUUCAUCCCCCUUGUGUCCAUCGGCGCCUUCAUGACUGGCUCCGCUAUCAGCAUCGCAGCUGGCCAAGUUCCUGGCCUGCUGGGCAUCAAAGGGGUCAACACUCGGGAGGCUACUUACAAGGUCAUCAUCAACACACUCAAGAGUCUGCCGAAGACCAGGCUCGAUGCAGCAAUGGGCUUGACCGCUCUGUUCGGCUUAUACUUCUACCGCUGGUUCUGCAACUAUAUGGGCAGGAGGUAUCCCAGCCGGGCAAAGACAUGGUUCUUCAUCUCUACGCUGCGCAUGGCCUUUAUUGUGAUCCUGUACAUCUUUGUGAGCUGGCUUGUCAACCGCAAGGUUGAAAAUGCCUCGGAUGCCAAAUUCAAGAUUCUUGGCACCGUUCCGAGUGGCUUCCAACACACUGGCGCCCCUGGGAUCAACAAGGAGGUCCUCUCUGCACUCGGACCGGAUAUCCCUACGACAAUCCUGGUCCUUGUUAUUGAGCAUAUCGCCAUCUCCAAGUCGUUCGGCCGCGUCAACAACUACAUCAUCAACCCUUCUCAGGAACUCGUCGCUAUCGGCUUCACCAAUCUCUUCGGUCCCUUCCUAGGUGGCUACCCCGCCACGGGGUCGUUCUCCCGCACAGCCAUCAAAUCCAAGGCCGGUGUUCGAACCCCACUGGCUGGUGUUUUCACUGCCGUCAUUGUGCUUCUCGCCCUCUAUGUUUUGACAUCCGUCUUCUUCUUUAUCCCUAGCAGCGGGCUAUGUGCUCUCAUUAUUCACGCUGUCGGCGACCUUAUCACCCCUCCACGGGAGGUGUACAAGUAUUGGAAGACGUCACCUAUUGAAUGCGUUAUCUUCUUCGCAGGCGUCUUCGUCUCGAUCUUCACCAACAUUGAGAAUGGCAUCUACGUGACGGUGGCUGCCUCAGGUGCGGUCCUUCUCUUCCGUAUGGCCAAGAGCCCCGGCAGAUUCUUGGGCCGUGUGGAGGUUCACUAUGCUACAAGAGAGAGUAUCCGUGGCGCUGGGCCCUUGUCCGACGCUGCUGAGAGCGAAAAGGCACAUUUGACUUUUAUCCCUCUCGAUCGUAGCGAUCUGUCCAAUCCUCAGGUCGACAUCAAGACCCCUUAUCCGGGCGUCUUCAUCUACCGCUUUGGCGAAGGUCUCAACUACGUCAACUGCGCACGCCACCUCGACAACCUGACCAUCUACGUCUUCAAACACACGCGUCGCACCCAGCUCAACAAGUACGAGAAGGUCGGCGACCGCCCCUGGAACGACCCUGGACCGCGUCGCGGUAAGGUCAUCAACAACGAGGAGAUUGCUGCACGCCCAACCCUGCGUGCUAUCAUCCUUGACUUCUCAGCUGUAAACUUCCUGGACGUGACUGCCGCCCAAGCACUGAUAGAUCUGCGCGACCAAUUCAACCGCUACACAGCCCCUGACCGUGUUGAAUGGCACUUUGCGGGAGUGCAAAACCGUUGGACUAAGCGGGCGCUUGUCGCGUCUGGGUUCGGGUAUGAGGCACGGGGUGCCUCAAGUGAGGAGCGCGAUGCGGCUGGUCCGCUCGUUGCUGUUGCUGAGGCGGUCGUCACGCCAUCGACAGCUGAGGAUGAGAAGGCUCAGAGCCAGGAGAAGACGGAGGUUGAUAUUGAGGCUGCGGCUGCCUCGAGAUCAGCAUCUUCAGGUGGCAGCAGCCGCGAGGCGAGGUACGUGCCGCUGUAUGGCAUUAAUAGGCCGUACUUCCAUGUGGAUGUGGAGACUGCGCUGGCAAGCGUGGUCAGGAACUUGGAAAGGAAGGGGACUGCUUCGGCGGGUGAGGACUCGUGA